UUGUGUAUGUAAUAGUAAUCUGUGUUUCUGUAUUAAGCAGCUUCAAAUUAGCGGAAAUGAUGGAUAAUGCUGUUCUGGUGCUCCCUGCCCUACUGGCACCACGUGCACCCUCUCCCCCGCUACCCUUUUUACAUUUUUUCUAAAUCCAAAAAUUGUUAAAACAGACUACUCAUAAUUGUGUGUUAACUUAACUUGUUCAUAGUAGUAGACUAGUAGUAGUUCCGCUUUUGUCUCCACGUGAUUUUCCCACUCUUUUCGCUUCUUGGCUAACCAAAUACACAUAAAUAUAUGUCCCCCAUUUCUUUAUUUCUUUGCUUUCUUCUUCAAAUUAACUGCCUUUCAAUCAUUUAUUGCUUCACCCACUCCCCUCAUUUAAUCAUUGUCUCUCACCCCUAGCUACUACUUAAUUCUACAUUUACUUCCAUCUACGUUCCCGUUCAUCUACUCCUUCUUUUCCGUUUACUCUACCAACUGUUUGAUUCUUUUUUUCUCAGUAAAAUAGCUGCUAUUAUACAGCUUCUGAUCUUGGCUAAAUUUUGUGGGGUUUUCUUGCUGGAGAGGAAUCACUCUAUCCCAUUUUUGGCCAUCUGGGUAUUGCUAUUCAGGUUCAUUACAAUGUUAUUUUGUUAUUGCCGACCGUUCAAAUUCUGCAUUCUUUGCUUUAAGAUCAAGACAAGUAUUGAAAAUUCAAUCUUUUAGAUGAUGAAGGUGGCUGUUAUUACUAGUAAUUGAUGCCUUUGUAGUUUAGCUCAGUGGAAGAAAAAGGAUGGGCACAAAGUUCCUAUUUUUGUCAGUUUUAUUCUGGUCAGCUCUGUUUUGGAUCGCAAACAGUGAACCAUAUGAAGACAGACAAGCACUUCUUGAUUUUCUUGAUAAUGUUAACCACUCGCGCUAUCUGAAUUGGGAUUACAGAACUUCUGCUUGCAGUUCUUGGACUGGAGUUACUUGUAAUCAUGACCAAACAAGAAUUAUAGCAAUCAGGUUGCCUGGAGUUGGAUUUCGUGGUUUGAUUCCUGUAAACACUCUUAGCCGUUUGUCUGCUCUUCAGAUCUUGAGUUUAAGGUCUAAUAGUCUUACUGGUUCUAUCCCUUCUGAUUUUGCUAACCUUGGAAAUCUUACUUCUGUCUAUCUUCAAUUCAAUAACUUUAAUGGUCAAUUGCCUGCUGAUUUUUCUGCCUGGAGAAGCCUUUCGGUUUUGAAUUUGUCGAAUAAUGAUUUUAGAGGGAGUAUACCUUCUUCGAUUGCAAACUUGACUCAUUUGACUGCUCUGGUUCUUGCUAAUAACUCACUCUCUGGCAGUAUUCCUGAUAUCAAUCUCCCUAGUUUGCAAGUAUUAGAUCUAUCCAACAAUAACUUCACUGGAAGUGUCCCCAAUUCUCUUCAAAGAUUUCCUGGUUCAGCUUUUGCUGGUAACCCGAUUUCUCGUGCUAAUUCUUCGCCUUCAUUUCCUCCAGUUCCUCCUCCAAGUGUCCCACCAAAAAAGAAAUCGUUUAAACUACGUGAACCUGCAAUUCUUGGGAUCGUAAUUGGAGGAUGUGUUUUAGGUUUCUUGGUAAUAGCUGCAGUGCUUAUUACGCGCUAUUCCAAGAAAGAGGGUAAAAGUGGAGACACAGAGAAAUCAUUCAAGAAAGAAGCAACAGUUAGUAGGAAGGGAGCUUCCAGCAGUCAGCAUGGAGAAGGGAAUCUUGCAUUCUUUGAGGGUUGUAAUCUUGCAUUUGACCUUGAAGACCUGUUGAGAGCUUCAGCGGAAGUGCUUGGAAAGGGAACAUUUGGCACUACGUAUAAGGCAGCUUUGGAAGAUUCUACUACAGUUGUGGUGAAGAGGUUGAAGGAGAGUGUCGGAAGAAAAGAUUUCGAGCAGCAGAUGCAGGUUGUUGGCAAUAUCAGGCACGAGAACGUGGCUCCACUAAGGGCAUACUAUUAUUCCAAGGAUGAGAAGCUCAUGGUGUACGAUUUCUACAGCCAAGGAAGUGCAUCUUUGAUGCUGCAUGCAAAGAGGUCUGCUGAUCGUAUUCCUCUUGACUGGGAAACCCGACUACGAAUUGCCAUUGGUGCAGCUAGAGGCAUUGCUCAUAUACACGGAUACUCUGGAGGAAAGCUUGUCCAUGGGAACAUAAAAUCCUCAAACAUAUUCCUCAACUCCCAAGGGUUCGGUUGUAUAUCUGAUCUUGGCUUGGCAACUAUAAUGAGUCCAAUUGUACCACCAGUCAUGCGGGCGGCAGGUUAUCAACCUCCAGAAGUUACAGAUUCAAGAAAAGUGUCUCAAUCCACUGAUGUCUACAGCUUCGGUGUCCUAUUGCUUGAACUUCUCACUGGAAAGUCACCUAUACAUGCCACAGGUACUAAUGAGGUUGUCCAUUUAGUCAGGUGGGUCCAUUCUGUCGUUCGUGAGGAGUGGACUGCUGAAGUAUUCGAUGUGGAGCUUUUGAGGUAUCCUAAUAUAGAAGAAGAAAUGGUAGAGAUGUUACAAAUAGGUUUGACUUGUGUAUCCAGAAUGCCGGAGCAGAGACCAAAAAUGGCUGAAGUAGUAAAGAUGGUAGAGGGUAUUAGGAGAGUGAAUACAGGUACUCGGCCAUCCACUGAAGCUUCUACACCGAACCUGACACCACCGAUGACUGAAAUAGGGUCGUCUUCUGUUACACACUGAUAUUUCAGAGUUCUUUAGAAAUUAGUUACUGUUCUGUAUCCUCAAUUGUUUCAUUGUUACGAGUUUAAAGACAUGGCUGGUUCUUUGAGCAUUUUGCAUCUUAGACUUCCCUUUUUGAGCUUCUGAUAAGUUUUUCAGUUAGCAAAUUGAAUAGUGAUGCUGAAUAUUAGUCUCUCUACUUCUUCU